AUGGCGGCCCUCUCGGAGAGCGCCUCGCCAGAGGCGGCCGCCUCGCCGGAAGCGGUCUUCCACGACGAAAAGCACGCGUCCUACCUCGUGGCCGUGUCGAAGAACACGGAGGCCAUCGAGUUCGUGCUCACGGAGUACAUGCGCAUGAGCGGCGUCUAUUGGGGCCUCACGGCCAUGGCGCUCCUCGGCCGCGACGUCCACAAAGAGAUGGACGGCGACGCCGUGGUCGCCUGGGUGCUCCGGUGCCAGCACCCCUGCGGCGGCUUCGGCGGCGGCGAGGGCCACGACCCGCACCUGCUCUACACGCUGAGCGCGCUGCAGAUUUUGGCGCUCCUCGGCGCGCUCGACAAAUGCGACGGGGCCAAGGCCGCGGCCUACGUCGCGGCGCUCCAGCAGGGCGACGGGUCCUUCCACGGCGACGAGUGGGGCGAGGUCGACACGCGCUUCAGCUACUGCGCGCUGAGCAGCCUGGCGAUUCUAGGCGAGCUCUGGAACCGGUCGCCGCCGCUGAUCGACGUCGCCAAGGCCGUCGACUUCGUGGACCGGUGCCGCAACUUCGACGGCGGCUACGGCGCCGUGCCCGGCGCCGAGAGCCACGCGGGCCAGAUCUUCUGCUGCGUCGGCGCGCUCGCGAUCGCGAAGCGCCUCGACCUCGUCGACGGUACCUUGCUCGGCUGGUGGCUCGCGGAGCGCCAGUGCGACAGCGGCGGCCUCAACGGGCGGCCGGAGAAGCAGGCCGACGUCUGCUACAGCUGGUGGAUCCUGUCGUCGCUGACCAUCCUCGGGCGGUCCCACUGGAUCGACGAGGCGAAGCUCGCGGCCUUCAUCCUCGAGUGCCAGGAGGGGGACGGCGGCGGCGUCGCGGACCGGCCGGGCAACAUGGCCGACGUCUUCCACACCUUCUUCGGCAUCGGCGGCCUGAGCCUGCUUUCCUGGUUCGACGGCACGGCCUACGCGGGCCGGCCGGCCAUCGACCCGGUCUUCGCGCUCCCCGCGCCGCUCGUCGCGGAGCUCGGCCUCGAGGCGUCGGUCUGCCCCCGGGCGACGGCGUCCCUGCUCGAGACGUGGGCGCGCGCGCGCGACGAGGCGAAGGCGACGCCGCCGCCGUCGCCCUAG